AUGGCCGACACCACAACUAAAAAGGCUACACCAAAACAAGAUGGGGAUAGUACUAAUAACAAACAGGCAGAUCAGUCACAAUCUCAGUCCACACCAAACUCCUCUUCUUCCACUACCAAAGUCCCACCCGCUUCAUUAAUACCAACACAACCAACCGCCCUCACAUCGCGUGACAAGACCACCAAGAGAUUAAUAGUAGUGUUAUCACAAGCAUGCUUAGAAACCUAUAAAAUGAAUACUAACCAUAACAAUGGCCCCGGCGGCGACCGAUUUGCAUUACUAAACUGUGACGAUCAUCAAGGUUUGCUUCGUAAGAUGGGCCGCGAUAUCGCUGAAGCCAGACCCGACAUAACGCACCAAUGCUUGCUCACCUUGUUGGACUCACCCAUUAACAAAGCCGGGAAAUUGCAAGUGUACAUCCAAACGGCGCGCGGUGUCUUGAUUGAAGUCAACCCUAGUGUACGUAUUCCACGUACUUUUAAACGGUUUUCGGGUUUAAUGGUGCAAUUGUUGCACAAGUUGAGUAUUAGGUCGGAAAAUUCGAAAGAGGUGUUGUUGAAAGUGAUCAAGAACCCCAUCACUGACCACCUACCUACUAAAUGCCGCAAGAUUACGUUGUCGUUUGAUGCUAAAGUGGUUAAAGUACAGGAUUACGUGGCUAAAUUGGAUGAGGAUGAGAGUAUAUGUGUGUUUGUGGGGGCUAUGGCUAGAGGUAAAGACAAUUUUGCUGAUGAGUUUGUUGAUGAAAAGAUUGGAUUGUCGGAUUAUCCCUUGUCGGCAUCGGUUGCUUGUUCUAAAUUCUGUCAUGGUUGCGAAGAUGUUUGGGAAAUAUAUUAG